CUGUACGUUCUCCAAUGAUUAAGGAGCAGAAGUGACGUGUGGAGGUCGGACUUCAAGCUUUUCCAACCAAAAGUCACUGCUUUCCCAAAUGCUCCGUAAUCACCAAGCUCAAACUAAACCUCAUGAACAACACGGACUUGUGCAACAUUGAAAGAACCCUGGUAUGAUGAUUGGGUAUAUGCAAAAGAUAAACCCAUUUAAGUCAUCAUCAAAGUGUUCCACUACAUCUGAAUCAAGCAGUAAGUCCUCAUCCGGUGAAAAUAUUAAAGAAGAUAAUCCCACAAAACUCAAACAGUGUUCCAGCUCUUCUGAAUCAGGCAGUGAUGUUUCCAUCAGUGACAACAGUGGAGAUGUUAAACCUACUAAGCCCAAACAGAGCUGCACCGAUCCAAUUUUCUCCCAAAACACGGACAGAAACAAUCAAGAAAUGUCAACAUCCAGUGCAUCAAAUGAACCGGGGUUUACCAAGAUGCCUGCAUUUGAAUGGGACCAUUUUAAGAAGGACUCAAUUGAGAAUCCUAAUGAGGCAGAAGUGGAGGAGAUCAGUGAAGAUAGUCCUCUGCUGAGUAAUAAUGAUGAUGAAGGCUUACUGGAGUGGUGGAGAAAUGUAGAAGAAUGGAACGAAUGGAACGAGGCAACACAUUUUGAGGAAGACUAUGCAGAUCAAGCUAUAGAAGAAGCGGCUGAUCGUGUCUUUAAGGCUGCCCAACUCUUUGUUUAUUUAUUUAAACAGCGAGAGGCAUCACUGUAUAUGCGAGUUGUUGAGUUGCUGGCAGUUGCUGAUGCAGCAGACAGCUUCCAUAAGAAAACUGUGACUGCUAGCAUUGGUGGAGGGGUGGCAAGCAUAGCAGGUAGCAUAACCACCAUUACAGGACUGGCACUGGCACCUUUUACUUUCGGAUCAUCGCUAAUUGUAACAGCAGUGGGCAUCGGUGUUGCAACAGCGGGAGGUCUCACAUCAGCAUCUGCCAACAUCACAGACACAAUGCACUCAAGAACAGAUAGGGCCAAAGUAGAGCAGAUUAUCAUCGGCUACCAGGAGGAGAUUAAAGACAUUAGAGAAUGUCUUCAGUUCUUACAGACAGGUAUGGAGACUCUUGAAGAGGGCAACUUCCAACAGUACAUGGAAAGCAUCUCUAAACGAGCAAUGAACAAGAACGUGAAGCAUGUAAUGAGGGAGGGUGGCCGUGCAGGCAAGGCAUUACUUAUCAAUGCUGAGAGCCUAGCGAGCACUGUCCAAGUGCUCAAUACCGCCAGUGGAGUGGCCAAAGCCACUCAGGUCCUCAGUAUCACCAGUGGUGUCAUGUCUGGCCUAUUCCUUGCCCUCGAUGUUUUCUUUUUAGCCAAAGACUCCAGGGAGCUUCACAAAGGGGCUAAGACAAAGUUUGCGGCCAAGAUUAGGGACGUUUGCAAGGAACUGCUGGAUGGCCUUGUUGCGCUGAAAAGGAUUAAAAGACAGCUGCAAACAAUCAUGGAUGAUGCAGAGGAGGAAAAGGAAAAUGAAGAUAAUGAUGAGGAGGAAGAAGAAGAAAACUGUAAAAAAGACAAUGAACACAGGGGUGAAGAGUUUAAUGAGAACAAAGUACAACUAAGUAGUUAAGAUUCUUGCAAGUGUUAAUAUGUAGAGUGUCAGAGAAGGAAGAAGAUUUGGAAACUCAUUGAGUACAGAGAACUGUAUAAGGCAAAAGCAAUUAAAAAAAAAAAAUGUUUUUCACUUUUAAGUCUUUGUUAAGAAUUAUAUUUGUAUGUACCUUUUUUUUUUAUGAAAAGCACUUUGAACAUUAGCUGCUCUCUCAGUAAGGAUGGUUGAGAUUUAAAUAGUAAAAUAAUCUAUUGUGGUUUAAUAAGAGAUUAAGUGUUGUUGCACACUAUUUAGGAGCAUACAAUGGUGUAUUUUAUAUAAAGUACUUUACAAAUAGUAGCUUAAUUUAAAGGAAAAUUUUUAUGUAAUAAAUUCUAAUUUAUUUCAAUUUACAGUAGAAGUAAACAAGGAAAAAUAUUUUAAGAUAUUUACUGUACGGUAUAUAGUAGUAUUUGUUGGGUGAGCUUGGGCAAAGUUUUAUAUUUAUUGUUUAAAAAUGUACUACUACUACUAAUAAUAAUAUUAAUAAUACAGUAGCAUAUAAAUAAUAAUAAUGGACAAUUCCAUGAAGAGGUCAACCUUACAAUGGGAGAAUAAAAGCAGGACUGUUUCACAAAGUUUCUACCUAAGCACACCAAUACACUAAUAUAUUUGGCAACUACUGUAUUUUAAUUUUUUUCCCAAAUUACUUAAAUAUUUCAUCGUAAAACUCAUUAUUAAAGUAUUUUCUUUUUGAAUCUGGUGAUUCAGACAUGUCACAUUUAUAAUGUGAAAAUGUAACAACCAUAAUUCCUGUUUAUUUCAAAUGAUUAAUUAAAAAUAAUUACAAACAUU